CACACACACACACAAACAGACACACAAUAACAGCAAGCGGGUUGCAGCCAUAGCAACGGCACCGGUGCGCUUCCAUCCAAAGUGGCGUGAAUGGAAACCAGAGGGCUGGUGCCGCUCUGAACCACACGCUCCCUCCCUCGCCGCCGCCCAGUCUCGCCAGGUUCAAGGUAGGGGAGUGGCUGCGCGCGUAACCGCCAGGUAUGGACGAGGCGGAAGACGGCGAGGACCACCCCAAAUUCCAGGAUCCUCGACUCCCUCAAAGCUCUGCCUUGACCCGACGCGAGGAUCGCGGGAGCAGCGGCGGAACCCAGAAGAGACGCACGCCAGGAGGCGGGGCCGCGUCCGGUGCGCGCAAAAACUCCAACAACAAUGAGCGCUGGCUCGUUCAAGACGACGAGUCCACGCCUUACAGUGCCAGUGGCAGCGCAUCCUCAGCGCCGCUCCGCCAGAGGGAUGCUGCCGGCGGUCGAGGAGGCUCAGAGUCAGACCACAGGAGCGGUGGGGAGACCGUCUCAGAGGCAGGCGUGAUUGGAGACGGAGCCAUCGGUAUGAUAUGCAACAAAAACGGAGACUGUAGAAGAGACCCGACCAGUUCAGGGAGCCUCUCCUCUCUGAUCUCCAGGCAGGAGAAGCAGGCAGAUGUAGCCACGCCGGCCGAAGACAGCAAGGGGCCGGCUGCGUGCAUGGACGGCUCUGUCACGCCAGUGGGGUCCCUGACACAGGGGCCGGGAGCCGAGGUCAAGGCAGCGACGGCCAUGGAGAAAAAGGACUCCAGGGUUUCCUUCUCCAACGCCCCGGCCAGUAAAGGGCACACUCCCAGUCAGCACUCGAGGAAUUCUGUCACGUUCACCAAAGCCGAGGACGGCUCCCAGAUAGUGCCGGAUGAUGGAGACUCCAGGGGGAAUCAGACCUACAUGCAGCGGCAGUUUAGUUCCAUGCUCCAGCCGGGAGUUAACAAAUUCUCCCUGCGCAUGUUUGGAAGCCAGAAGGCAGUGGAGAAGGAGCAGGAGCGCGUAAAGUCAGCGGGUAAUUGGAUUAUUCACCCAUACAGCGACUUCAGGUUCUACUGGGACUUCACCAUGCUGAUGUUCAUGGUGGGCAACCUGAUCAUCAUCCCCGUGGGCAUCACCUUCUUCAAGGACGAGACCACCACACCCUGGAUCAUCUUCAACGUGGUGUCCGACACCUUCUUCCUCAUGGACCUGGUGCUCAACUUCAGAACGGGCAUCGUGUUCGAGGACAACACGGAGAUCAUCCUCGACCCGAAGAAGAUAAAGAAGAAAUACUUGCAAAGCUGGUUUGUGGUGGACUUUGUCUCUUCCAUACCUGUGGAUUAUAUCUUCCUCAUCGUGGAGAAGGGGAUUGACUCUGAGGUGUACAAGACGGCCCGGGCCCUCCGGAUAGUCCGCUUCACUAAGAUCCUCAGCCUGCUGCGCCUGCUGAGGCUGUCCAGACUCAUCCGCUACAUCCACCAGUGGGAGGAGAUCUUCCACAUGACCUAUGACCUGGCCAGUGCUGUCAUGCGUAUAUUCAACCUGAUUGGCAUGAUGCUGCUCCUGUGUCACUGGGACGGCUGCCUCCAGUUCCUGGUUCCCAUGCUGCAGGACUUUCCGUCUGACUGCUGGGUUUCCCUCAACAAGAUGGUGAAUGACACGUGGAGCGAGCUCUACUCCUUCGCCCUGUUUAAGGCCAUGAGCCACAUGCUGUGCAUCGGAUACGGAAGACAGGCCCCGGAGAGCAUGUCGGACAUCUGGCUCACCAUGCUCAGCAUGAUCGUGGGCGCCACCUGCUACGCCAUGUUCAUCGGCCACGCCACCGCGCUCAUCCAGUCGCUCGACUCCUCCCGGCGCCAGUACCAGGAGAAGUACAAACAAGUGGAGCAGUACAUGUCGUUCCACAAGCUGCCCGCCGACUUCCGCCAGAAGAUCCACGACUACUACGAGCAUCGGUACCAGGGCAAGAUGUUUGACGAGGAGAGCAUCCUGGAGGAGCUCAACGAGCCCCUGCGCGAGGAGAUCGUCAACUUCAACUGCCGGAAGCUGGUGGCCUCAAUGCCGCUGUUCGCCAACGCCGACCCCAACUUCGUGACAGCCAUGCUGACCAAGCUGAGGUUCGAGGUCUUCCAGCCUGGAGACUACAUCAUCAGAGAGGGCACCAUUGGGAAGAAGAUGUACUUCAUCCAGCACGGGGUGGUCAGCGUCCUGACCAAGGGCAACAUGGGCAUGAAGCUGAUGGACGGCUCCUACUUCGGAGGCGUCAGUGCUGGAGGAAAGACUGCCAGCCCCUGCAUGCACAGAGCGCUUCCAGACUCAUCACACGUCCAGUUUGGUAGAACCCAGACCCGUGUGAAGGUUGGGAACCGCUACCAGACCGCCCUCCAGAUCUGUCUGCUGACCCGCGGCAGACGCACGGCCAGUGUGCGAGCGGACACCUACUGCCGCCUGUACUCCCUGUCCGUGGAUAAUUUCAACGAGGUGCUGGAGGAGUACCCCAUGAUGAGGAGGGCCUUCGAGACCGUUGCCAUCGACCGGCUGGACAGAAUAGGCAAGAAGAACUCAAUCCUGAUGCACAAAGUUCAGCAUGACCUCAACUCGGGCGUCUUCAAUAACCGCGAGAAUGAGAUGAUCCAAGAAAUAGUGAAAUAUGACCGAGAGAUGGUUCAACAGGUGGAUGUGCCGCGGCCACGCGCCAUGUCCAUGUCCAUGACCCCUCCUCUCCAUGGCGGGAUCUUCACUCCUCCGGGUUCCGCCGCCCAACCCCAGAAUUCAGCAAUCGCCACUCUGCAGCAGGCCGUGGCCAUGAACUUUUGCCCCCCCAUGCAGGGGAAUCCAGUGGGAGCAGGGAACCUGCAGUCCCCCAGGAUGGUGAGGAGGUUCCAGGUGAUGCAGAGUGUACCCAGCCCCGUCUCGGCCUCGCCCCUGCAGUCUCAGCUCCUCGCUUCUGGUGCCUUCGCUCCAGUCCUGUCCAGCCCCCCCGUCCAGAGCCCACUGGCAGUUGGAGGACGAUCGUUCCAGUACGGCUCCAGUGCCCUGGCUGGUCCCAACUCAGGCUCCCAGCUGUCUCUAGUCCAGCAACACCUGACCAGCCCCGCACACAGGCCCAGCACACAUAAGAGCACCCAUUCCCUACAAAUGGGCACUUUGAACCAAGACGCCAGGGCGCUGUCAGCCUCUCAGCCCUCACUGCCUCACGAGGGGUCACAUCCAGCUGCCCCUAGUCCACCCCAAUCCACACGUGUCUCCUCCACUUCCAUUGGACCCUCGCAGACCCCUGCAGGUCAUUUAGGUGUCCGGAGUGCAAUACCGCACAGAGUAGUUCUACCCCACCAGAUGUCUGUGGGGGCCUUCCCUGUAGCAUCACUGCCCAGUUCUGUGCAGGGUUUUGGGGCUGGUACAGCACUGGCAGCAGGCGGUCUGGGAACAGGGUUUGGGACUGAGCCAGGACUACCCAAGAAGGACUCUAUUGCAAGCCUUCCUGAGACAGACCACAUCAAAAUCAGAUCUAGGUUAUCCUCAAACUUGUGAUCCUAAUUAAACUUCUCUGGUGUAGUUACUCAAUGAGGGCCUUUGACUGCAGCAACACGGGGGUUGUGAUCCACAGUUUCUCCUCUCCGCACACUUGACUUGGAGACUUGUCUGACUCUCCAACGCUGUUUCUACUCACAGGCACAGUAGGUGCAAAGAGUGGUGGUAAAGUAUCCUCGUCCCAGCUCUGACUCCGUUACUUUCUGCAUUUCACAACAUAAUCACCACCAUGCGAGCGUCUCUGCUGCGCUUCUCCUUUCAUUCACCUCAAACCUGCUUCAGAAGUCAGAGGUCGACACUUUAACCGCUGUAUCCUCCUCAUGUUGUCAUUAGCCUGGCUGUCAAAGACAAUCUCCUCACAAAGGUACAAUAAUUGUGGUUUUGUAAAAAGACACAGACAGUUUGAACAAUAAGGAGUUUUUCUUGUCUUUUCUAAAUAUACCUUAAUAUACGUGAUCGUAUUUAAUAACAGAUAACAAUAUAGUAGAAACAGAAGCACUAUAGUUGGACUAUUUACAAUAUUUAAGCCAUAUUUCCCCAGACUAUUUAUACAGUAUGAAUGACUGAAUAAAUAUUAUUGUAAAUUAAGUAUGAUUGGCUUCUUGAAUGUCUACGCCACCUUUGGUGGCUCCCACGGAAAAACAUGUGAGGGCCAAGGUACUUUGGAGAAUGAACACCUUUUAUACUGAAAUUUCAGCUGUGGGACAAAUUGUCUUGUUCCAGCUGAGCCACUGCCAAUUUGUUUACCUUAAAGCUGCAAUAAUCCCGGUUGUACAGCAGUGGCAAGGCCCAUAUCGACUGGACCAGAAACAGUCCUAACAAAAUGAAAAGCUGCACAUAAGUGGUGUUUACUGAAGUUCAUCAAACCUAAUAGUUAGAUGAAAUGGAGAUAGGUGGGCAGCAUCUACACAUGGAGUUGAACUUAAGUUGUGUUGUGUGCUUUAAUCCGUUUAUGUGCAACCUUUCAUUACAUGACAGAACAGUAAGAACUUCAACACCUGAGCGUUUUUUGUACAACUGUACCCUAGUGGCGAGGAAUUGAUUAUUGCACCUUUAAAACUCAAGUUAAAAAGAACUAAACGAAACAUACCUGAGUUAAACAAUGAUGCUUCCUCCUAAUAUCACAUGUCCCACUCUUUAGUAUUUUAUCACAUCUUAUCAAUCACUGCUGGUUAACAAUUUAUAGUCAAAACUCAACUCAACGACACAUAUUUAAAAUGUAACUCCAUUGUUUUCUAACCUUGAAUACAUUGUUUUGCCACAACUGUUGGGGCACAGUGUUGCUGCCAAAGCCAAUUCAUAGAGACACAGUAGUGAACUUCCUCUGAAGUGUGGGUGGGUCAGCGCUAAGGCUUCUGAUCAACAGCCAAGGAUGCAGGUCCUCUGCAGGAUGUACAUUGUAGUGUGCCUCUGUCAUUACUGCCUCAGCGAGAGUUCAUGAUGUGUCGCUAAUUUGUGUCCAAAAGCGUUUGGACGUGAACCUUUUCCCCCGGACCCUGAUAUUCUAUUCACCUCAUCUUAUUAAUGCCUGAGCCAUUACUGAGUAAUGAGAGUGGAAAUUGGAAUCCUUCGGGUCUGUUUGGGAUUUUUAUUAUGCUCAUUCGAUUGGAUUUCAUUAUAUGGCGCCAAUAAUGAGCUCUCCUCCUAAGAUCAUUUUACAUUUUGGUUUUGUUUAGCUCCCGUUCCUACUUUGCUAUCCACCCAGAGUGUUCUCAAUUUACAAAGUUGAAGGUUUAUAAGUAUUUUUAUACUGUGUUUUUUAGGUUUGUUGUGUUUUUGUUUCAUGCUCAAAUUAUGCCCAGUGGAACCUAUUUGGAUGCUUCAAAAUAAUUACUAUUCAGUCGAGGCUUGUUAUGAGAAUAUUGUUUUACUGAACUUCACACUGUGUCCUGAAGGCACCGUCCCGUGGACGGAAACACUUUCAGUGACAACGUGUAAUUGUUGUUCUAAAUUCAGUGAGAAGCAUUAAUGCAGAGGAAGACAAUGAGGAGGACAAAGACAGCAGUGUGAGACAGUAAAAGAAAAAUCAGAAGCCCCUUAAAGUUAUUAAGCCCACUAUUUUAAUAAAAAUAUCAAAAUCAGAGUCAAACCAAAGUGUCAGUGCCUGGAAUUCUGUGAAUGCAACUAUAACAGGUCUAAACACACAAGUCUGACUAAACACAGAGCAGAAAAUAAGACGCUCACCUCAUCUAAGUCGUUAUUUUAUAUGUCUGAGGUUUAGCAUUUAGCUACUUGAUUAAUGGACUUUACAGUUAUGUCUAUUAUACAGUAGGUCAUGUAAACCAAACUAUCUACUCAGCUUAGCUUAGACAGUAAAAUGCUUACAGUAUCUGUGUAUUUAAAUAUAUCAUUUGGUAUGAACAGAUAUUUCUGAGCAUAAUAUAUAAAGCCAAAAGAAGCUCUUUGCUUUGGUGAAGCUGUAUCACCUCACAGCACCACCCACAGUUUGUAAAUACUCCUGUGCCAGUAACUGUGAGGUCUGCAUGCUUCCUUCCUUUAUCUCUCUAGUUUUCCUGAUCUAACUCCACAAUUCAGACUCAAGUCCUGGACCUCUGGUUCCUCCUCUGUUAAUUAGCAUCUGUAACCGCACUUCCCCCUCGCUGGACUGCAAACAUGUUCAGUGUUAUGUAAAUGUAACAGCAUCUCAGCUGUUUUCAGCCAACUCUCCAGACACACACGCACACACGCACAGACACACACACGCACAGACACACACACACACACACACACACACACACACACACACACGCACACACGCACACACGCACACACACACACACACACAGUUUCGUCAACCAUAUCAUUUAGCUUUUUGCCACUUUCUUAUUGGUUAAUAUCUCUAGCAGCACUGUCCUUUUCUUAUUUUACAGGAUACAAUACAACAUGAUUGAAAAUCAAGCGGCAGUGGUUCAACAUUUAUUUAUUUUCGUUGCCUUUACUCUUUCUUGUGUUUCAUUCUUUCAUUUUCAGACCCCAGAUCUGCUUGUGUGAGUAACAGUAAUGCCUCCAACACCAAUCAAUACGUUAACAUUCCAGAGACGGUGGGCUUACGGUGUAAGCUGAGCUCUCCUCCCAUCCCUUCACAUAAGCAGACGUUCUCAGGUGGCCCCAGUCUGUAACACCAGACGCCAACGGUGCAGGGUUUCCCACGUCACAGCUGAUUUUCUUUGACUCUGUCACAUCACAUAUCUAGUGCCUACAGUCGCAUAGGCUGUCAUCACCACUCAAAUGCCCUAUAUUAUGUGUGUGUGUUGCUGUAACAUGAAAAUGCCAGCUUUUAACAAACAACAAUGGUUAUACUGCAAUACAUGUACAAAGGACAACAAUAAAUAGUAUUUAAAUACAA